AAAGCAGAUAAGAAGUGAAUGAAACACUCGUCAUUUUCUUGUGUGGGAUAAAGUUUAAUUGAAGGCUGAAUGGCACAAUGGAGCGUUCUAGCUCAAGUUCGGGUUUUACAGUAUCCACGGAGACAACUUGGCAAGACAAGCUCAUUGUUGCAGCAAUUGACUUUGGGACAACAUACAGUGGUUUUGCUCUGUCAUUUCACGCAGAUUAUCGGCAAGAUAAAACAAGUCAUAUAUAUUUACAUAAUUGGUCUUGUGGAGGGACAAUUGGAACUGCAAAGACUCCGACUGCUGUCUUACUAAAACCCGAUACAUCGUUUGACUCCUUUGGAUAUGAGGCAGAAAAUCGAUUUCUUUCUGAUAACAUUGAAGAUGAUGCGUUCGAUGACAAAUCUGACCACAGUGAAGUUGUAAAUCCUGAAACGUGGUACUUCUUUCGACACUUCAAAAUGAAGUUGUAUGGUAAUAAAUUUGACAAACCAAUCACUUUGGAUAGUACAAUACCGGAUGAGAGAGGACGGGAGCUCCCUGCAAUCUUAGUUUUCUCAAGAGCAAUUGCCUACAUGAAGUCCAAAAUUUUCAAGGUCGUGUCGGAAAAGUUUCCAACUGUUAGAGAGGAUGAAAUUUAUUACGUUCUGACAUGUCCUGCCAUUUGGUCAGAAACUUCUAAGCAGUUUAUGUCUGAUGCUGCUGAAAAGGCUGGGAUUCCAUACGACCAUCUACGUAUCGCUCUUGAGCCAGAAUGUGCAGCGGUUUAUAUGUUGACAAAGGAAAUACCGUCUCUAAGUUCCUCAUUACAAAAGCGUUUCUCAAUGAACGAAGGUGAUAGCUACAUAGUUGCUGAUCUUGGAGGUGGUACUUUGGACAUAGCAGCACAUCAAAUCAACAUGAACCGAAAAUGCGAUGAAAUAAUGAUUCCAGAUGGAGGACCUAGUGGGGGCAACAACAUCAACUACAAGUUCGAGCAGUUUCUGGUUUCCGUUUCAGGAGCCCAGGCAUUCUUGAAUUUUAAGAAGAAAUAUUCGCAGGAUUAUCUCUAUCUUAUGAGGGACUUUGAACACAAGAAGUAUGGGUUUCCAGGUGAUGCAUAUAACGCAAGGGUUACGUUGAGAAUGCCGUUAUCCUUCUUCGAAUGUCAUAGGGAAGAAAAUCAGGAAUCAUUUCAGGAUUCUGUUCGUCAAACUCCGUUUUCACAGUCUGUUUUUCAGAGAAGAGAAACCCUAACAGUAAAUAAAUCUCAUUUUGAGAACUUUUUUGUAGACACUUUAACGCAGAUAGAAGACAAGCUUGUUGAGGUCAUGGAAAAACUUUCGAAACGAUACAAUAUAAAAGCCUUGUUUUGUGUUGGAGGCUUUUCCGACUGUGGACUCGUUAAAGAGAAAGUUCAAGCAAAGUUUUCCUGUGUAAUUAUCCCUGCUGAAGCAAUCGUUGCAAUAAUGAAAGGCGCAGUUAUCUACGGAAGAGACGAAACAACAAUAGAAACGCGACUCAGCAAGUACACGUUUGGUUUGGAUUGGAAUGAAGACUUUGAUCCAAAAGUCCAUCCUGAGAGCAAGCGGGAACAUACUGAUGACGGAUACAUGUGCAAAGAUAUUUUCAAGGUGAUUGCAAAAGCAAAUGAUUCAAUUCCUACAAACAAACCUACAAAGAUUAUGAAGUCCUACGUGAAGACAGCCUCACAGACAGCGAUGGAGUUUCCGUUUUAUAGAACUCUUACUGAUCCCCCGCCAAUGUUCGUAGACGAUCAAAGCUGUACUUUUAUGGGCUCAAUGAAGGUGUCCUUGGAUGAUACUACUGGAGGAAUGGAUCGGUUUGUGACUUUAAAGGUUUUUCUUGGAGCAACGACGCUUCGAGCUGAAGCCGUUGACAAAAAGGGCAGGACCCAUAGGGUUAACUUUUUGCUUGGAGAAUCACAGGUGUAA